AUGGCAAGCACGGAUGUCGCCAUGGAUAAGGGCGAGACAACAAUAAUUCAAUUUCAGUCUGCUGAGGGUGAGAAAGCCGGUCCCUCUCUUGAUAUACCACUCUCCUCAACUCCUGAACAACUCACAAGUCUCCUAAACGAAUUACUCGAAAAUGACGAGCCACUGCCGUAUGCAUUUUUUCUUAGCGACUCCCGGGAAGAGGUUACAAAGUCGCUCAAAUUGGCAAUGAAGAGUGUGUCUGUGGGAAAAGAGAAGAUAUUGUCCAUUACGUUUCAGCCACAGUCACUGUUCCGCGUUCGCUCCGUUACUAGAUGUACAUCCUCUUUACCUGGACACGAGGAAGCUAUUCUCACCUCUGCUUUCUCUCCAGAUUCCAAGUCACUGGCAACAGGGUCUGGAGAUACUACCGUACGAUGCUGGAAUCCGGAAUCGCAGCUUCCCGACAAGACGCUGAGGGGACACAAGCAGUGGGUGUUAGCCAUUUGCUUUUCUCCCGACGCUUUGCGGCUCGCUACUGCUUCGAUGGAUGGUUCGGUUAGAGUAUGGGAUCCGACGCUAGGCGAAAUCAUAGGGAAGCCUUUGCUAGGGCAUAAGAAGUGGGUUACCUCACUCUUUUGGCAACCAUACCAUCUAUCCACCAAAUGCACUCACCUUGUUUCUGCAUCAAAGGACAAUACGUUGAGAAUAUGGAACACUGCGGCUUCGACGUGCUACAAGGUGUUAGCAGGCCAUAGCGCAGCCGUCACGUGCGUCAGGUGGUCUGGUGAAAAUGUCAUCUACUCUGCUUCUCAAGAUAGAACGAUAAAGGUUUGGGACCCGCAGACGGGGCUAGUUGUUCGUAACAUUAGUGCUCACGGUCAUUGGAUAAAUACCAUGACUCUGAACACAGACUAUGUUUUAGGAUGCGGGGCGUUCCCGAUGUUGGACGAAGCAACUGGUUACAUCGCGAAGAAACUCGACGCGGUAGUUGCGAGCAGAAGGUAUGAGGAUGUCAAGCGGAAGAUGGUGGGUGGGAAGGAACGACUAAUCACUGGCUCUGAUGACUUUACUCUCAUCAUGUGGGAGGACCUCGCAAAUAACCUGUCGAAACAUGCGAAGCCCGUGACUCGCAUGACCGGACACCAACAACUCGUCAACGAUGUGCGCUACAGUCCGGACGGAGUAUAUAUCGCAUCAGCGAGUUUUGACAAGAGCGUGCGGUUGUGGGAUGGAGCUUCAGGUAAAUUCCUCUUCACAUUCCGAGGACAUGUUGGUGCUGUAUAUCGAAUUGUUUGGUCUGCUGACGCGCGCCUGUUGCUCAGCGCGUCUAAAGACAGCACCUGUAAAGUCUGGGAAAUGAGAACGAGAAAACUGAAAUCAGAUCUGCCUGGUCAUUCGGAUGAAGUUUACACCGUGGACUGGAGCAUCGACGGAAAGAGAGCAGUUUCUGCGGGGAAGGAUAAAGUAGUUAAGAUUUGGCAUCAUUAA